CUGAAACUUUGCGCUCCAGGGCGGCAGGGCCCGACGCACCCCUGCCCGGCCCCGGCACAGCGGCGUCGCGAGUCGCGGCGCCAUACCCAUGCAGAGAGCCAUGGCUUCGAACCUCUGUCCGCCGUCCCCACUGCUCGUGCGGGUGUCGCAUCCCGGCACCCGCCUAGCAUGGAAGCUGGAAAAGUACUUCCAGAGCCGGGAAUCGGGCGGCGGGGAGUGCACCGUGCAGGCCCUGGAUCGCAACGACCCCAACUCGGACACCUUCCGGGUGCAGUUCGUGCAAAGGGCGAGUAAGGAGGGAGUGUUGAAGAAAGGAAAGCACCAAAUUUUGGUUGACAACAAACCUGUGACUAUUUUCCUGGAACCCGAUGAAAAUACAGUAGAGAAGAACACCAGGAUGUCUUCUUUGACACAGUCACGAAAAGGGGCGAGGCCUGGUGAGAAGCAUCCAAAUGAAAGGGACAUUUCUAGCGCUGUGGAUUCCUGUGUCCAGAAGAUCUUUCUUACUGUCACAGCUGAACUGAACUGUCACCUGUUGUCUAAAGAGCACAGGGAGCACAUCGCCAUUCUCUGCCCCAAUGUCGAACGAGUGAAGGGCCGUGAAGGAAUUGAGGAAGUGCGCGGUGACUUCAGAGAUAUUGAAAAAAUACAUGGCUUCUUGAGUGAACAACUCCUGGAAAAGGAGCAGAAACGAGAAUCUUCCCCUUUGACAACAGAGAGGGAGCCACUCCGUCAGCAGGACGGGAACAGCUGUGUUUCUCCCUCUGAACCAAAAACCAGGUUGGAAGAAAAAAGCAACCGUUUUGAAGUUCCCUUGGCUUUCUUUGAAUACUUCACAUACACCUGCCCUGAUAACAUAUACUCAAUAGAGAGAAGAUUUGGUACAAAAAUAAAAGCUCAGGAGAGUUCUCCAAAUAUGGUCUAUUUAGACUUCACCUCAAGUCAGUCAGGUAACCUCGAAGCAGCUCGCGAGUCUUUUGUCAGAGAAUUUCAGAAGAGUGUGGAGACUCUGAGGCAGGAAUGUGUUGCUCUGGCAGACAGUAAGCAGGCACACAAAAUCAAACAGGAAUUAAAUCACCAGUUUACAAAGCUCCUCAUAAAGGAGAAAGGAGGAGAAUUAACUCUCCUUGGGACCGCACAUGACAUUUCAGCUGCCAAACAUUUUCUUGCCUCAGAAAUCUCUGAAAGUCUUGUCGAGGCACCUGUGAAAAUAUUGACUCCCAAAUACAUGAUGAAUGGAAUUGAGGUUGACACUGCUCGCUAUAAGCUUUUAGAAGCAGAGUUACUCCAGGAGAUAUCACAGAUAGAAAAAAAGUACGACACUCAAAGUAAGGUUUUGGGAACAAGUCAGAAAACCUGCAUUCUAUUUGAACCUAAAACCAAGGAGUUAGAUCUAUCUGUGCACGCUUAUUCAAGUUUCAUCGAUGCCUAUCAACAUGUCUCAUGUCAGAUUAUGAGAGAAGUUCUUUUGCUGAAACUUUCAGGCAAGGAGAGAAAGCACUUACAUGGGACCAAGUUCUCUGAUGACUUUCGAAAAAGGCAUCCAUGUGUAGACUUUGUGCUAAAUCAAGAGUCAAUGACUUUGAUUGGGUUGCCAAAUCACCUUACAAAGGCAAAACAGUAUGUCUUAAACAGAGGGGGAGUGUCUCCAUUAGCUAGAGAGAAACGGAAUGAAACACCCACGGACACUGAUAGUAGUGAUUCAAAAACAGCUUCACCAACAUUGCAGCGCUCUGCGAGUUCUGAGGUGUCAGAAGUGGACAAGGAAAAGGGCAUAUGUACCAUCUGUUUGAACACCAUUAGUAACAGACAAGUGCUCUCAAAGUGCAAGCAUGAUUUCUGCAGCCCUUGUAUCAACAAAGCCUUGUCAUAUAAGCCAGUCUGUCCUAUAUGUCAGACUUCCUAUGGUGUCCAGAAAGGGAAUCAGCCAGAUGGAAACAUGCGUGUCAUUUUCAAAAGAGACUCACUUCCAGGUUAUGAAUCCUGUGGCACCAUUGUGAUUACUUACAGUAUUGAAGGAGGCAUACAAACAAAAGAGCACCCAAACCCCGGAAAGAGAUUUUCUGGAAUAUGUCGAACUGCGUACUUGCCUGAUAACAAGGAAGGAAAUGAGGUUUUGCAUCUGCUUCAUAGGGCCUUUGACCAAAAACUGAUUUUCACAGUGGGAGACUCUCGAGUAUUAGGAGUCUCAGAUGUCAUUACGUGGAAUGAUAUCCACCACAAAACGUCCAGGUUUGGGGGACCAGAAAGGUAUGGCUACCCUGAUCCUCACUAUCUGAAACGUGUCAAACAGGAGCUGAAAGAUAAAGGAAUUGAGUAAGAAGAGUAUUGGAAGGAUAAGUUGAGCCAAGCUUGCAAAAGGCACAGUUGAAGAAGCAGAGUAAAUUCUAAUCUAAAUCCUUAUGUAAAAACACCUUGAAAAUUGUUUCAUCUCAAGAAGUGGUUUGUGGGGAAUUCCCCGGCGGUGCAGGGGUUAGGACGCCGGGCGCUUCCACUGCAGGGGGCACAGGUUCGAUCCCGCGGUUGGGGAACUAAAAUCCUGGCUGCACAGCCAGAAAAAAAAAAAAAAAAAAAAAAAAAAGAAGUGCUUUGUGUAAGAGUAAGAAUCUGCUGGUCUGUCAUUUCUGGAGUGUUACAUUUUCUGGAAGAUAAAAGCCCCGGAGAUCUGUGUAAUCUUGCUGCAGAGGUAGUGUGCCUCAUUCUCGUAUCGUCCUUGUGGAGGCUAGAGGGGUGGAGUGCUGUGAAUCUGAAAUCAUCUUCUGUGUUGUUCAACUGAAGUACCAUCUGUCAGUGGAUCCUCCUUUUAUUGCCAUCUCUCGGGUAGUCCCUCAGUUUUGUCUGUUUGCUCUUUGAUCCCUACCCUAAAGGUAAAACCCUAAUGUGAAGGGUGGUCGGGUGGGAGGAGGGCUUUGGUUAUGGAAAAUUAGAGACCUAUGUUAACCUCCCUGCCCCAUGGCCAGAGGAGUGGCCAGGACAGAGACUGAGCAACCUUGGUAAUAAAGGGACUAAGGCUAUUAUUUUUGACAACACAGCGCCUGGUGAACAGUUGGUGCUGAAUAAAUGUUUGCUGCCUGACUCAGGUUGCUAGUAACACCGCAGAGAAACAUGUUCCCUAAAUCUUUGGCAGAGGCAGGAGUAAGGAAGACAGCUCUGGAGUCCUCACCACUUAUUUGGGAAACAAGAGUUUCUUACUCCAGAACUUGUGACCUCUGAACUCUGAUCGGCCUCUAACUUUGUCCUUGCUCCCUGCUGAUUCUUAUAACCUGCCAUAUGGUUGGUGUGCGCUUCCCCUGCCCUAGUAAUGCUACCCAUCUCUGAACAUUUUUCCCUCUGGAUAUUAUUGUACUUUUAUGUAUACCCCGCUUGCAGUUUUAACAGAUAAAUCACAGGAAUCUCCAGAGACUCUCAUUUUCUCAUGAGAAAAAUGAGAAAAAACCCUUUUCCUCCCUUUUGCUAAGUCCUACCACGUCAUGCUUUCUCCCUAAAAAUAUGUCUCCCUAAUAACGUCUGGACAGAGAAAAGGCUAGAGUCGUGCCUACCAUAAGGAAUACGGACAUGUCAAAAUUUACUUUUAUUAUUUUUUUAUUUUUUAAUUUUUUUUGCGGUACGCGGGCCUCUCACUGUUGUGGCCUCUCCCGUUGCGGAGCACAGGCUCCGGACACGCAGGCUCAGCGGCCAUGGCUCACUGGCCCAGCCCCUCCUCGGCACGUGGGAUCUUCCCGGACCGGGGCACGAACCCGUGUCCCCUGCAUCGGCAGGCGGACUCUCAACCACUGCGCCACCAGGGAAGCCCAAAAUUUACUUUUAAAUAGUUCCUCAAGUCAGAAGAAAGUUUUAAUAGCAAACUAUCUCGUUAUCCAUGUCCCAGCCUCUCUCCAAAAAUGAUGGAAGAAAUGUCAUUUUCUUUUCCUAAAGAUACGUGUACACACAGUUUUUUUGGUCGGACAGUAAUAGUUAAUAUUGUGUACUUAUUUUGUCCCCUUUAUAAGAGCUUUAUAUCUGUGUGAUUGAUACUAUUGGUAUCCCCAUUUCAUAACUGAGAAAACAUGCACAGAGAGGAUAAGUACCUUGACAAAGGUCACAUAAUUAAUAAGCUGAAGUUCUGGGAUUCGAAGGAGUUAGUCUGGCUCCAAGGCUUCUGUGCCCUAGAGCUGUACUGUCUCCUACAGGGGUCUUUUCCUCUAUGGAGGAGGCUGAGGAGUUCCCAUUAUUCUGAGCUUCUCUCAGAAAUGGAUUCCUGCACAAUGCUCAAAGCAGAUUUCCUCUGAGGAAUUCCUGUUUGAAGAACUUAAAAACCCAGAAUCUUUUUCUUUGUCCAGAGAGUUGAGGAAGUUUAAGGUAAAUGAUAUGUCUUUUUUAAAAAAAUCAGACAUUUAGUUUUUGGUGAUUCAUUAAAGUCUUAGAGUUAUGAUUGUUUUGUAUCUAUGGAUAUUUUAGCUAAAUUUGCUUCAAAAAAGCAAAAGUUUGGUCCCUGCUAAGGUCUGGAUCCUUGAUUGCAAUGUGUACGCAAGUUUCAUAGUGUGGUUGGUGAGCCUUUGGAUUACUGCUUUUGCUCUGUGGAAGGUAUUAUCAUUGAUAUCUGCUAUAAAUAAAGUUAUAUCCAUUUUAGGAACAGA